GUUAAUAGAGGACUUUCAAAAACUUGGUUUAGAAGGCAAAGUUUCCUUCUUUGAUCGUAAAGUACAUACACGUUAUGGUAAGUUCUAAGAAGAAAAAUAAUAAAAACUCGAAAUGCCAAGAAAGCACCAGGUACAUACGCUAGUGGAUCUAGCAUUAUAUUCUAUUGGAGAAUUUGUAACUGUUUUUGGUAGAUACUUGACAAAACAUAUUUGUAUAAUUUCCAAAGCUAAUCCAGAAUAUGGGCAUAAUAAAUUAUAUUCAAUGUUAGAAUUUAUGAAAUAUUUAUUAAGUUAUAAUGUACCUCGACAUUUAUAUGAUAAAAUGUCUAAAACAGUAUUAACUGCAAUAGUUAAUCUAAUCAAAGAAACUAGAGGUACAUAUAAUGAUUAUGUUUUAACUACAACCUUUUUAUCAGAAAUAACUAUUGCUCUUCAUUUAUCAGAAGUGGUUGUAGAUAAACAUUUAAAAAGAAUUGAAUUUUCUGUUUGGCCCAAAAUCAUGCGACAUGUUCUUUAUAAUAAAUUACCUAACAUGACUGGACUUGAAGUUUUGGAUUUAGGCUCAGGAUCAGCUGGUUGGAAAACAUCUGAUAUUGAAAAGGUUAUUAUUAAUGGCAUAAUUGCUAUGCCAAAUUUAGUAUGUUUUACUUUGUGCUUUGAUUGCACAGAUAAUAUUAUAACAGCUCUAGUUCAGAACUGCAAAAAACUGCAAAAGUUAGAUGUAACUGCAUCUAGAUCUGUAACUGAACGCAGUGUUGGUCCUUUACUGUCUUGCAAAUAUUUAAAACAAGUUAAGUUGUAUAAAACUUCUAUGACUGUACCUGGUUAUGCAAAUCUCUUUUUAGACCAUUUAAAUAUAGAAGAUAUUGGUAGAUGUGAUGAGUUUGGAUAUGUCUUAGAACAUAUUCAUCAAAAAGAUAUUAAUACUACAAAUUGUUUUCAUAUAAAAACGUUUGAAAGCCGAAAUUUCAGUAUGGAACAUUUAUAUCUUUUAAUUGACAUGUGUCCAUAUAUUACAAGUCUUUGCAUAUUGCGUGACGAUAGAAUUACUGACUUGACAAUUUUAGCUGCUCUUAAUUACUUAAAAGAAUUAAAACUUUUAUCCUGUGAUUUUUAUCUCCAUGGAGUAAAAACAUUAUUAGAAAUAAAAGGUUGUACAAUUACAAGUCUACACUUGGAACAUGUAGACGGAAUUGAUUUGAAUGCACUCAUAUUUAUAAGUCAAUAUUGCCCAGAUAUAAACAACCUAGUUUUUUACAACUGUGAAUUCUUAGAGCAAGCCCCAAUUUAUCCAAGAAAGUUUACAGUUCGGCCAUUCCAGUGUUUAGAAAGAAUCAAAUGUGUAGCAGAGUGUGCAAACAUGCAUCUAGAGUUUCUACUUUCUUAUUGUAAGAAUAUUAAAUUUAUUCACUUGGGUUCAUCAACUGGUAUUGGAGAUGAAACAAUAAGAAGAAUAUUUUUACAAAAUUCAAUGCACAAACUAGAGGAACUCAAAAUAUUGUAUAGCCAUGAUUUAUCAAUGAAAACUGUAGAAUUAUUAAUGCAUUACUGUGAUAAUUUAUAUCGUCUAUCAGAAUUAGAGAAUUGGCAAGGAAUAUCUCCUGAAGAAUUACAAAUUUUUAGAGAAGAAUUAAAAAAUACUAAUACAAAUUUGGAUACAAGUCCAAGUUUAUCUUUUGCAUAA